AUGGAAGAUUUAGGAUCUACCCGGUUUGAUGGUAUCAGCAAUGCUGUGAGGAGGAAGAGAAGCCAAACUUCACGUAGGCCGCGACCGGACUCACAGCCUGUUCUUGAUCCUGAAGAUCGUGAUUUGACUCCUUCUUCGUCGACACCUCCUUCGGAAGAUCCUGACAAGCCGUCUAGCGAUGAAAAUGAUGGUUUUGUUAAUACUGGUUCCAAGAGAAAAGAAUUUAAUCUCAACCAUUGUGUAACUCAGCCUUCGCCGGCUAUUGGACGUAGUGGUUUACCCAAUAGACGGAGUAGUGAAGGUGUUCUUGCUCCCGCUAAUUGGAAAGGCUCUAGCAGUAAAUUCAAGGAUGGCUUUGAUUCAGAGUCGAAAAAUGCAGAUGUUUAUGGUGGGAGGAAUCCUGAGGGUAAUAGUUUGGGUCAGUUUGGUGUCUCUCAGGAUGGAUUAGGGAAUGAGAAUAGGGUUAAGAAGGUUAAACUCAAGGUAGGUGGUGUGACGCGUACUAUACAAGCUAACUCUGCUUCCAAUAGUGCUUCUGGAAGUGGAUCAACUUCAAAAAGCUCUCGUUUAUCGGAUGUCUCCAGACCGCGCCAAAAGCAACAGAGUAAUUCAGACGAUAAUAUUUCUCCGUCUGAUAAGAGGCGCGGCCUCCAAGGCCUACCUUGGAAGGAUUUCAAAAGAGGUGGUUUUGGUCUUGGGAAGGAGGAAUCUUCGAUGGGGAAGAUAUCCGGAAAGAACACGUCUAGCAAGCAAGCAGACAAGUCUGAACCUGUUCGUAAGAGCAAGAGAGUACCCAAGAGACGUGUCCUGGAUGGGGAAUUUGGUGAUGACGAUGAUGCUGAUGACGAGAUUCGGUACUUGGAAAAGUUGAAAAUAUCAAAAGUUUCUGCAGUCUACAGAGAUGAAGAAGAAUUAAGCAAGAAACAUCGAAAACUCUCUAGCGUCUCUAAUAUGGAGAAUACUGCCUCAACAAGGUCAGGCAAAGAUGGAAAGAAAAGGUCUAGAUCUGAUAAAAUGCUUGAAGAUACAGAUUAUGAGGGUGAAGAGGAGUCAGGGUCUGAUGGAGAACUUGAGGAUAAGAAAAAGAAAAAGCAGAGGAAAGAAUCUGUUGAUGUAUUGAUGGAGACUAAGAGGGAAAUGACUCUUACAACGCGUCAACGGGCCCUUCAAUCAAGCAAAGAUACCUCUACAUCUAAUGCGAGUUUAAUCGAGUUUCCCAAUGGACUACCUCCCGCCCCACCUAGAAAGCAAAAGGAGAAGCCUACGGAAGAGGAGCUGCUAUCAAAGAAAACUGAGGCUGCCAAUAGACGUAAAAUGCAAGUUGAGAAAGCUGCUAGGGAAUCUGAGGCUGAAGCUAUCAGAAAAAUACUUGGUCAAGACUCCAGCAGAAAAAAGCGAGAGGAUAAAAUAAAGAAGCGCCAAGAAGAACUGGCACAGGAAAAGGCAGCCAACGCAGAAAAACUUGCAUCAAAUACCAUCAGAUAUGUGAUGAGUCCUACUGGAACAACGUUGACUUUUCCUGAUGAAAUGGGGAUCCCUCCGAUUUUAAACUCUAAGCCCAUCAGUUAUCCUCCACCUCGCGAGAAGUGUGCUGGUCCAUCAUGUACAAAUCCAUAUAUAUACCGGGAUUCAAAAACCAAGCUUCCUCUUUGCAGUCUCCAAUGCUACAAGGCUGUUCAGGAGAAGACUGCAGCUGAAACUAUCAGCUAA